UAUACCAAAAAUAUAUUCGUAAAAAGACUCGGGAUCAACCCAAAUACGAGAAAAAUUAAAAAUACAUCCUCAGAUUAAUAGUAAUUUUGUUGAGUAGCGUUUUGUUCGGACGUUAACAUGACACGCUAGCUUAUCAGUAUUACCAUUUGCUUAAAUUUCCUUCAACUACAGAUUUAUACAAGUCCAUUGGCAAUAAGGUGUUUGCCACAAGCUCAAUGUCACUAUGGGAGGAUAUACCUUCCACUUUGACCUCAUUUGGUCCACCAAGCUCUGAAGUUCAAUCCUCUGGCAAUUUCCUCUCUAGAUUCUUCAGAAGGAGCAAAGAUGAAUCUGACCAAUCAUCGGAAGGAAGUAAACCUUCAAGUAGAGAGGCGUCAGUGGAUAGAUUCUCCAGCAGAGAAGUAUCGGCAGGAAGAUUCUCUUCGAGGGAGCCAUCUGUUGACAGUCAACACUCGAGGGAGCAGUCAGUAGAUAGGAGUACAAAAAUAGAACACACAAAGAUACAGGUGUCUGACUUUUCUCCCACAAAAACAAAAUCAGAGAGCUCACUGCUCCGGCAAGAUGAAAGCCCUGAUAUAGAAGUCACUGAGUCACAGGGUGUAGACACUAAGACAUACCCAACAAAGAGAACAUUAGGCAGUGUGUUAACCAGGCUGUCAGCUAUUCUGGAAAGCAGAGCUCCUACUCCACAAGUGUAUAGAGACAGUGAUUUUAAACAAUACUGGAUGCCAGACAGCAGUUGUAGAGAAUGUUACGAAUGCCAUGACAAAUUUACAACAUUCAGGCGACGACACCAUUGUAGAAUCUGUGGACAAAUUUUCUGUCAUGCCUGCUGUAGUCAGGAACUACCUGGGAAAAUUAUUGGCUACAAAGGGAGUAUACGGGUAUGCACGUACUGUUUUAAAAUAGUGCAUCGGUAUGCCAAGAAAACUGACACUUCUGCUGAUCCCAGGGUAAUCAAAGAAGUCCUAAAUAAAUAUCUACAAGCAGAUGUCACCAUGUCGCCUGACAUAGGAGUCAAAGGUCAGAAAAAGGUCAACACUUGUCUUCAGUCAUCUUUGAGAUCACCAAGUGACCCAGAUAUUAGUACAGACAGCAUAGCACCCUUUGACCUUACUCCACAGACAGAGUUUGUGGUGGCAGACAAUUUCACAAGCGAAAGAAAAAUGCUCAUACAGGACUCCACUCAACUUCGUAACUUGUGGACACUUAUGAAUGAUCCAGAAAAGGGGGUCGAAUAUCAGAGCUACAGAGUUAGACUACGUACCUAUCAGAAAUGUAUUGCAGGAAAUAGAGUUGUUGACUGGUUACUGAAACAAGAUAAAGUGGCCAAUCGUGUACAAGCAAUAGCCAUAGGACAAGCUUUGAUAGAUGCAGCAUUUCUGGAUCCAAUUCACACAAUUACCACACCAUUCAGGGAUGACUUUACUCUCUACAGACCUACAGAGAUCCCAGUUGCUGACAUCUUGUCACCAGAGUUUGAGAAUUUAGAAGACUCACUAAAUGAAGACAAUGCUCCGCAGUGGUUUCAGGAGAUACAGUCUGAUACCUCUGAAACUAACAGUAGUGAAGGGCAUAGACAUAGAGAUAGUGUUUUAACAGCAAGUCAGGCUUACAGUGAUCUGUCUGAAGAUUCAAAGGGAGAUAUAAAAGUUGAUGACAGACACUUUGACGAGCCUCUUCCACGUCAGAAUUUGUUGGGAAACGAGGACGUUGUGGUGGAGCCCAUCUUUCAAAGUGUUGCUGCAGAAACCGAGAAGUCCAUGGGAACAGAGGAGGUGACAGGGUCAUGGAGAACAUUGAAUAUGGUCACUGAUGAUUCCAUAGAGAGGGAGACAUUUGAAAAACUACAACAAGAACACCAUGAACAUUUAACCAUGAUGACAAAACAGCUCCUGUUUGAAGAGAAUUUGGCUGGUAGUUGGGCAGAUAUAAUUAUCUCCACGGUGGAUCGUGUCAGCUUGUUUGUUAAGCCUGAUGUUAGAAGCAGCUCUGAUGACAUGGAUAUACGCAAAUAUGUUCAUAUAAAGAAGAUACCCGGAGGAUCGCGGGAACAGACUGGGUUACUUCAUGGGGUGAUCUUCAGAAAGAAUGUGGCGCAUAAAAAGAUGGCUCACAACAUUAGCAACCCAAGUGUGCUGUUACUUCAAGGUUCUAUAGAAUACCAGAGAGUGGAGAACAAAAUCUCCUACCUAGAACCACAAAUAUUACAGGAAGAAGAAUUUCUUCGUAAGAACAUCAAGAAGAUAACAUCAUUGAAACCCAAACCUGAUGUAUUGGUGGUAGAGAAAUCAGUAUCCAGGCUUGCACAGGACUUUCUGCUUAAAGCAGGAAUUACUCUUAUCUAUAAUGUGAAACAGAGUGUAAUGGAGAGGUUAUCAAGAUUUUUGGUCACUGAUAUUGUUGCUUCAAUUGACAGUCUUGUACGGGGCGUAAAACUUGGUUUCUGUCAUACAUUUUCUGUUCGAGCAUUUCACCUGCCAUCAGGAGACACACGCCACAUGCUGUACUUUGACGGCUGUGCUACACACCUUGGUUGUGCAGUUACUCUGCGAGGUGGAUCUAUAUCCGAGUUGAAAAGAGUGAAAAAGAUAAUGAAUUUUAUGAUUUAUGCAUCCUACCACUCUCGUCUGGAGAUGUCAUUCUGUAUGGACGAGUUUUUGAAACCACCUGUAAAAGAUGACCUUAAUUUUGACCUGGAACAGACUGCAGUAUCAAAGAACACAAAGGAGUGUAGAAACUCUUUGGGAUCAGAAUUAGAUGAAACAAAUAAGAAUAGUUUAUCUAAUUCAAAGAAUAACAGUAAAGAAGAAAUUGUAAUAGAUAGCAAUGUUAAUAGAUUAGAGCCAACAGAAAGUGCUGUAAGUGUGGAUACUGGUGUGAUAAAAAAUGAUGAUGAUAUACAUGACCAUGACAAAAAUAAAAAUGCUAGUCUUCUACAUCAGAAGCAUGUAGAUACAGGUGUCUGUGAUAAUUCUGGGAAAACCAGUGUGCCAGGUCUCGUUGAUGGUGUUAAAAACAAAAAUCAGACUGGUGAACUUCAGACCGGUUCUGAAGCUAAUAAUGUACAGCCUGGUUUUAAAGUUGACAAACAUGAGACUGGUUCUCAUAUUGAUAGACAGAUGGAUCUUGUCAGUGAUUCAGAAAGAAUAUCAUCAUUUAUAAAUUUUGAGACAACUUGUGAUAAAAAAAUCACAUCUGCUGAAACAGGAACUGCUGAAUCAGACACUGGUGAUCAGCCGAAAGUAAUAUUUGGUCUGGGCAAUGAUUCCGAACAAAAUGCUGAAAAUUUUGUGGAAAAUGUUACAGUCUGUGAUUCAGUUAAUCAGGGUACUCGUAAUGUUGAAAAAUUACUUGAUCGGAAUCAAAGUCCACAUGGAAAUCAGGUGCCAACCCCAGAACUGAGGAAGAAACAUCCGUCAGGGGGAAAGAGGGACAAAAGCCCACAUAGAAAAUCGCAGACAACACAGUUGACAGACCACUCAGAUCCCCUAUAUAGCUAUCAAAUGAAUCAGGACGAGUCAAUAUUCCAGUCUUCUAUAACAUUUCAGGAACAACUUGUCACCCAUAGAACAAAGUUCAGGAAAGCUUUGGACAAUGUAGUUCUUUCUUCAUCACCAUACAUCAAAUAUCAACUUCCGUAUUUGGAAACAGAGUCGGGGUCAAAGUGUGAGUUGAGGAAGUACUUCCCAGAGGAAAUAUAUUGGUCUUCAAAUUUCUGCCUGAAGUCAGGUCAGCGUAAAGUGAAAACAAAACAGUUGGAUACAGACUUGCCAAGGAAAAUUGACUCCCCAUCCAACAUUGUGAUAAAAGAGGCCCAUGAUUUUAUACGCUGUCGGCUUACCAAACCUGCCACUGAUAAAUCAACACAGUAUAUGCUUGCUAAAUUCCGUGCAUAUGGCGGCAGAAUCAAUAUAAUUGAUCCACCAAACCAGUCAGAAAAGAAGUCUAAAAAGUCAUCAAACAAAGGGAAGCAACUCUCAGUAGAUGUAAAAAAAGAAGACAACAAGAGAGACAGUGGAGUUGCUGCAGAGAGAAAAAUAGAUUGUUUGGAUCCAUUUAGACACCAAAGAAUUGCUGUUUUAUUCAGUAGUUUUAGUUAUGAAUCAGAGAAUCAUCCUAGUCCAUGUGUAUACCCUUGGGUAGUGACAAUGGAGUUUUAUGGCAGAAAUGAUACAACACUUGGUGGAUUUCUAGAGAGAUUCUGUUUCAGGCCUUCCUAUGUUUGUCCAUCUGACUUAUGCAAUACAUCUAUGGAUCGUCAUGUGCGAAGAUUUGUGCACGGGCGGGGCUGUAUAAGCCUGGUGCUGAAGAGGUUAGACCAGCCUAUACCAAAUGGACAGAACUGCAUUCUCAUGUGGAGCUGGUGUCAUAAAUGUAAACAGGUCACUCCGGUGGUACCAAUAAGCCCAGACACAUGGAACCUGUCAUUUUCACGUUAUCUGGAAUUCCGUUUCCAUGGUUACAAUUUUCAGCGUCGUGUUGGAGCAGAACCUCCAUGUACACAUUCUUUACAUCAUGACCAUUUCCAGUACUUUGGCUUCAAGGAUACAGUUGCAUCAUUCAAGUACUCUACAAUAAAGAUCAAAGAGAUCAAAGUUCCACCAUUAGUGAUAACCCACAAGUCAGUAAUAGAGACCAUACUACUGUAUAGACUUAAAGAUGAAGUAAAACGACUAACAUUAAAGAUAACAGAUUUAUUUAGCUUGGUACUCGACUGUAUGACUAAAAUGAAGGCAGAGUCCAUGUCGGAGAACCUAGCCAAGUUCAUCAGUGACUGUAUCUCCAUGCAACAGGCGGAGAAGGCCACAAUUCGAGAAAUGGCUCACAGUGUGAAGGAGAAACUGGAGAGGUUAUUGAAGGAAGCAGGAGAUCUCAAGGUUAUCUCACUCAAUGAAGAACAGAGAGCAAUCUAUGGACAAAUAGAGGAUGGUAUUGUGUUGUUGAAGAAAUCUAUAGCAGAGUCUGUAACUAACUGGAAUGUAAAGUUACAAGAUGUGUACAUUCAACAGAAGAAAGUGAAACAGGGAGCCAGUCAGAAAAGGGAGAAAGAUAGGGAACCAGUAUUGAACAGUGCUAGCAGUUCAGCUGCACUAGAACCAGAAGAUAAGAGUUUAAUAUCAUCUUUACAAAAAUCAACAGAAUUAGAAGGACAGACUUACAGCUCAGCAACAAUGUUUGACGAUACUUUUUCACUAUCAGGGUCAGAUUUUGGAGACGCAAGGAGAAAGUCGGAUUUCAGUGUAUUGGCUUUCACUCCACCAAUACGUAAAAAACAGUCCAGUGCCUCAGCAGACAGCUAUAUAUAUGGUGUGACCCCGGGGAUAUCUGCAGCAGGGGUGUGGCAUGACAGCCUCUCCGAGAGUUAUGUGGUCUGUCACAGUGAUGAAGUGCUGUCACCCCCUCCUGCAAGUCUAGAAAAUUCCAUAGAAAAGAUGACAGAAACUGAUGCUGGCAUUGAAACCAGUGUCCCAGGUGUCACCAUGGCAACAGAUGAGGCUGUGGAGAGUCUAGGAUUUGAUGUUACCCUUGAAUCUACCAGUAUACAAGGACCUGAUACUGGACAGAAAAUACCAGAAAAUGUAGUUGUUAAGAAAGCCCCAGCAGAUGACCAAGUGGAGGGCCAAACAGGUGACAAGUUAGGGACGGUUAUAAAGAAGACUAUCAGGAACACUAUCUGGCAGGGAUCUGGGGCCUUCCAGUUACAGAUGCCAUUUGACCCAUGUGAUCAUCAUCUGUUAGCAACAUGUGAUCGUGUGCCUGUCAUUGUGUAUGACCAUGAACCAAGUUCUGUCAUUGCUUAUUCUCUGAGUUGCCAUGACUACCAUAUGAAACUUCAUGAGAUUCAAGCUGCGCAAAGAAGCAGUAAAGCAGAGACUGAGAAUGUAGAUAGAUUGUCAAAAGAUGAACAGACAGGAUUAGCAAAGAGGCCUUCAUCAAGCAAGUUGUCAUUCUUUAAGGGCACUGGUAAAGAGACUGUGAGUAGGCCAGACACUCCUGACUCUGUUAGAUUCCUGAAUAAAGUGGAUAACACCAUACUAGAAAGUCCUCAAGAUGAGAUGGACUUUACCAUGAUUUUACCGAGUGGGACAGACAGCAAUGAUAAAUCUAAGACUGGAAAACAGGCUAUAAAUCAUCAUAUAGAACUUCAGUUCUCUGAUAACACAGCAAGGUUCUAUUGUAAGGUGUAUUUUGCUGAACAGUUUAGACAUCUACGGAAGCACAUAUUUCCUGAUGGAGAAGAUGCGUACAUACGGUCAUUAAGUAGAUGUAAACCAUGGGAAGCAAAGGGAGGCAAAUCUGGAUCAUCUUUCUGUAAAACUGAUGAUGACAGGUUUAUACUGAAGCAGAUGUCAAACAUGGAGGUAGAAUCAUUUGAAAGAUUUGGACCAGAAUAUUUCCAGUAUAUCUCAAGUGUAGAAAAACAGCAGAGACCUACAGCCCUUGCCAAGAUAGUAGGUGUAUACAGAAUAGGCUUCAGGAAUCAGUAUACAAACAAUGCUAUGAAGCAGGAUCUACUGGUGGUAGAGAAUUUAUUCUACAAUAGAUGCAUCUCACAGACGUUUGACUUGAAGGGGUCAGAGAGAAACCGCCUUGUAAAACAAACAAGGAAAAGAGAUGAAGAGCUUGUGUUACUUGAUGAAAACUUUCUGAGAGUGAGUGUGGACUGUCCAUUGUACAUACUUUCUCAUUCCAAGACAAUGUUGAUGCUGGCCAUCAGCCAUGACUCACAGUUCCUUUCAAGCAACUUGGUCAUGGAUUAUUCCCUGCUGGUAGGGCUGGAUGAAGAAAACAAGGAAUUGGUGGUUGGAAUAAUUGAUUAUAUAAGGACAUUUACAUGGGACAAGAAAUUGGAAACUAUUAUAAAAACAAAUUUUGGUGGACAAGGAAAAAUGCCAACUGUUGUUUCCCCUGAAGUUUACAGGACAAGAUUUCUUGAUGCUAUGGCAAAAUACUUUCUACCUGUACCAGAUCAGUGGACUGGUCUUGGUAGAGAUGUAGACACCUAGAGAGGCUUUACAGGAGUUAACUGUCAAGUUCUGCAACUCGAGUAAGGAUAGUGGAGUCAGGUGCUAGAUCAAAUAUAGCUAGACAAACAGCCAUUUCAGUGCCAGACAAACAACAAUAUUUUAUUGCAGGACAAACAACCAUUUCAGUGCCAGACAAAUAGCCAAAUUAGUGCUGUUGUGUAAAUUAAAUUAUGUCAAAAAUCCUGACUGCCAAACCUAAAAAUAACAAAAUCUUCAAAUGUUCCUUAGCUGACCCAUUACUAAGAUGGUUUAAAUUGUUUUGAAUUAUCGAAAAGAUUGGCUACCAGUUGUUAUUGUCACUUGUCCUUAUAUGUAUAUGGUGGGAACUUAGAAAUAUUCUUUUUCAAAACUGCUGGCCCAAAAUAUAGCUGUUUUUAGUGGCUCACUACCGAGAUUGUUCAAAUUAUUAUGAUGCAUCAAAAACAUGGCCACCAGAAGGCAUGGUACUUUUCCCUUUAUGUAUAUAGUGGAAACUUUAAUAAUCAUCUUGUUUUAGUAAUGCCUUCCCACAUCUAAUAUAAUUUCACACAAAUAUUUGGUAACCCUUUACCAAGAGUGUGCACUUUCUUUCAGUUUGACUAAAAUAAGGCAGCCAAUGCUAAAAAUAGAAAAAUGUUCAAACAACAUCACCUAAAAUGUUGGUCCAGUGUUGCAAAAUAAAUUAACACUAAUGUUUUUGUGUGACCCGCUAUUGUAAAAAAACAUGGCUGUCAGAGUUAAAAAUAAAAAGAAAUUCUUAAGAUACAAACUGGUAAGAUUUUGAAAUAAUUUAAAUUCCUUCCAUGGGUGGCCCUUUCCUGGAGUUAAUACCAUCUUAAUUUGUAGAAGAAGCCGUGGCUGCAUGGUUGAUGGAGAUGCUAGUUUUCCUGUUAGGGCUUUAACUUUAAAAAUAUUCACUGAAUAUUCAUGCCAGUUUUCAGAGGACUUUGGAAGAAAUUGUUUUUUUCUGGUACCAAAAUUGUUAGAGCUGUGAAACUCAGGUGAAUCAUGGUCCUUUUGUCUCAAUUUGGCAUUUUUAGCUCACCUGAGCACGAAGUGCUCAAAAGUGAGCUUUUGUGAUCGCCCUGUGUCUGUCGUCAACAAUUUGACUGUUAACACUAGAGGUCACAAUUUUGGCCCAAUCUUAAUGAAACUUGGUCAGAAUGUUACCCUCAAUAAAAUCUUGGACGAGUUCGAUAUUGGGUCAACUGGGGUCAAAAACUAGGUCACCAGGUCAAAUCAAAGGAAAAGCUUGUUCACACUCUAGAAGUCACAAUUUUGGCCCAAUCUUAAUGAAACUUGGUCAGAAUGUUACCCUCAAUACAAUCUUGGACAAGUUCGAUAUUGGGUCAUCUGGGGUCAAAAACUAGGUCACCUGGUCAAAUCAAAGGAAAAGCUUGUUAACACUCUAGAGGCCACAUUUAUGACUGUAUCUUCACGAAACUUGGUCAGAAUGUUAAUCUUGAUGGUCUUAAGGUCAAUUUCGAAUCUGGGUCAUAAGGGGUCAAAAGGUCAGUUUCAAAUCUUGGUCAGGUGGGGUAAAAAAACUAGGUCACUAGGUCAGAUCAAAGGAAAAGCUUGUUAACACUCUAGAGGCCACAUUUAUGACUAUAUCUUCAUGAAACUUGGUCAGAAUGUUAAUCUUGAUGGUCUUAAGGUCAAUUUCGAAUCUGGGUCAUAAGGGGUCAAAAACUAGGUCACCGGGUCAAAUCAAAUGAAAAGCUUGUUAACAUUCUAGAGGCCACAUUUAUGACUGUAUCUUCAUGAAACUUAGUCAGAAUGUUAAUCUUGAUGAUCUUUAGGUCAAGUUAGAAUCUUGGUCAUAUGGGUCAAAAACUAGGUCAACGGGUCAAAUCAAAGGAAAAGUUAGUUAACACUUUAGAGGCCACAUUUAUGACCAUAUCUUAAUGAAACAUGGUCAGAAUGUUAAUCUUGAUGAUCUUUAGGUCAGGUGAGCGAUACAGGGCCUUCAUGGCCCUCUUGUUUCUAAUACUAGUUCAGCUGACUUUGAUAUCAGUCUGUUUCAUAUACACAUAUAUCUCCUGUCCAGAUGUUGCACAGUUGAAUAAUAACUGAAAUACUGAUGCAGCACAUGUCUAUUCUUUGUAUGGCCUAAUUCCAGACCAUUCCUUGAACCUCUCAAAUGAACCUCUCCAUACAACCUGGUCAAGGUUUUCCUUUAAGACAAUUCACAAUUCAGAUGUUCAAGGCAUUUUUUAGCUCGACUGUUCAAAAAAUAGGGGAGCUAUCCUACUGGUCGCGGCGGACCGUGAGCGUGAGCGUCACACAAAUGUUAAAGUUUGCGUACCACCCCAAAUAUUUUCAAAGUACAUUGAGAUAUUGCUUUGAUAUUUUGCAUACUUGUUUACCAUCAUGACCCCAGUCUGUAAAAAGGAGGAGGCAACUCUAUCAAACUGAAUUAUGGCCCCUUUUUGACUUAGAAUAUGCUUAUUGUAAUGUUAAAGUUUUACUCGUAGCUUAUAUUAUUCUAUUAAGCACUGAGAGUAGUCGAGCGCGCUGUCCACUGACAGCUCUUGUUUUAACUUUGUUAAAUGAAUGGUUGAACAUGCCUUUUUUUUACAUUUCUCCUAUACCCCUUGAGGGAUUAUGAUAUAAUGGAAUUAUACUCUUCUUCUCAAGACAGAAUACAAGAAGUUCAGGACAGAUUUACAGGCAAUAUCAUUUGAAUGUGAAAGGUUUGGAAUACCAGAUGUAUGUCUAGUCCUUUAUUUCUAAGUUUUUAUGGCAAUUAGCAAGCUUAUACAUAAUUUACUUCACAUUUUAGUUACUGUUGCUUAAAAAAAUUCUAAGUCUUAAAAUGACAUAACAGGUUUAGAAAAACUACAUGACUUGUAUACCUUUAGCUAAUGUGUUCAGAGAUACCUGUAGCUUUUUUUUCGAAGAGUCAGUGCUUUAUUUCUGUUGAAUAUUAGAACUGAAUUUAUCAUUCAUAACAAACCCAUACAUAUUCCUAGAGUAAAUUAUUGAUUUGAACUUAAAAAUUGUAUUGUUUGUAUAUAUUGUAUUAUGAAGAGUUUCAAACUGUUGUAUGACAAGAAUUGGGACCACUGCCUUACCCUUGCAUGCUUGUAAGAGGAUAUUAAUAAGGUCUGAACACUUGUGUUUGCUGUAUCUCUGUGAUUUAAGUACCUUUGAUUCAAUAUUUUGAUGUAAAUGAGAUGUGAAACAUAAAUUUUUUAGUCCGUUUUGGCACCAUACUGUACUACACUGUUGUGCUAUAAAACCCAGCUCAGUUUAACAUAUUGUAAAGAAAAUAUUAGUGAUUACAUGUUAAUAUGUUGUUUGCUUCAUGUAUACAGAAAGCAGUGACUUUAUGUAGGAUGUACGCAACAUUAGAAAAUGGAAAAUUGGAUUUUGGAUGUUUUUUAAUGUAACUGUAGAGAUAAGGUGAAAUAUAGUUCACACAAAUACAUUAAAUUUUGUGAACAUUGAUCUGUGAUUACUUGUUAAUUAACAUAGCCUCUAUGGCAAAGAGUUAUAUACAUAUUGCUGAAAACUUUAAAUGAACACAUAUAUAAACCAGUAUGUUGCUGGGAAAAAUAUAUAAGAAAUAGAUCUCUAUCAGGGUUUAAAUAUAACGUACUAUGUCUCUGAAGUGACUUGUUGUUAUUGUUUUGCUUUUUGAUAAAGUGCAAUAAGUGAUAUGUGUAAUAAGUUUGCUAUAAGUCUACGUCACAUGUGAAUAAACAAAAGUAAAACUUA